AAAACAGUUUAUCAAAAUCUAGGGUCUAACAAAUUGUCAUACACAAAGUGUGUAUGAGUUUGAGCUGUGUACAAAAGCAAUUGCUCUCUUACAUAGCUCUGCCAUUGCAGCAUAAUUUCAUGAAUACCUCUCAAGAAGUUGAACUUCAGAACCAAGGCAAUGAUUCUGCAAAUAAUCAACUGCAGCUGCCAUCACCAAGAAAGAACAGAGGAUAUACAUGGUGGGUCAGGAUCGGGCUGUACAUCAUCUUUCUGAUCGCCGGCGAAUCCGCCGGCACGCUGCUAGGGCGGUUUUACUACGACAAAGGAGGGAACAGCAUGUGGACGGCGACGCUGGUUCAAUCCGCCGGCUUCCCGGCCUUUCUCCCGCUCUGCUUCUUCUCCUUCUCCUCAUCAUCAAGAACAGGACAACAACCUCAAACUAGUUGCAGCACGACUCGUACUGCAACUAGUACGAGGUUGUUUUCCUGUACGAGGAUGCUGCUGCCAUCCAUUUACGUGUUCUUCGGCGCUUUCUCCGCCGCCACCUGCCUGAUGUACUCCUACGGCCUCCUCUUCCUCCCUGUCUCAACCUAUUCCCUCCUCUGCGCCACUCAGCUAGCCUUCAAUGUCCUGUUCUCUUUCCUUAUCAAUGCCCAGAGGUUCACCCCCUUGGUGCUCAACUCCGUCGUCCUCGUCACCGUCUCCGCCGCCCUCCUCGCCGUCCACUCCGACGACACCACGGCGUCCAGAAUCCCGAAGGGGAAGUACGUGGUGGGCAUCUUGUGUACGGUCGGCGCCUCUGCUGGCUACUCCCUGUACUUUAUAGUCACAUACUCUGACAUCUCUACAUAAGCCCCACUUUGAUUACUAGUUUGAAUCUCAGAAAUCUACAAACUCUUCAAUUCCCUUAAAAAUGAUGAAGUUUAACCCAUGAUUUCAUCCACAUAAUAUUUUGAAAGUUAAAAAUUUUAUAUUUUUUGUAUACGGACGGAGUAGUAUUUUUAACAAAUACGGAGUAACAUUUUCAUGUCAUAUUUAUGUUAUAAUUAAUUCCCUGUAAAAGUAAAUAAUUAGUCAAAAUUGAAUAUAUUUAACCAAUAGAUAUAAAGAUGACAAAAUUUUAAAGAGAAAUUACUUUAAAUAACACAAACUAUCUUCCAAGAACAAGAAUAAUACGUACUUUGAAAAUAGUCCGUAACUUUUAAUAAUACCAACUAUGUAAAUAUAGACCAAAAGUAAUGUAUGUUGGGCCGCGGGUAUGCGACGUCAGCAACAGCCAGCCUGCCGGUGUAAUCGAACCGCGUGGCGCUUCACAUGUGCUAUAAAGGGGGAGGAGCGUGCUACACUAUCAGCGAUUGCUUUUAGUGUAGCGGUAAGCGCAACGAUCCACAAUGUAGAACAUCUUUCACUAAAAAUUCAGUCAUUUAAUUCACCAAAAAAUAAUAUUAAAAUAUCAAAUAAGUGAUUGUAUUUCCGAAUAUUAUUUAUUUGAUUUGUUGCUAUUACUUUUUGAUGUUUUAAAUGAUUGAAAUUCUUGUUGAAAAGUGAC